AUGCCUUUGUACAACUUCAAAAAGAUCACGGUCGUGCCCACGGCAAAAGAUUUUGUUAACAUUAUGUUAUCAAAAACUCAACGGAAGACUCCAACUGUUGUACAUAAACAUUAUAAAAUAUCAAGAAUAAGAUCUUUUUAUACACGAAAAGUACGAUAUACACAACAAAAUUUCAAUGAACGUCUAUCUAUGAUUAUUCAAGAAUUUCCAAAACUAGAUAAUAUUCAUCCAUUUUAUGCUGAUUUAAUGAAUAUUCUGUAUGACAAAGACCAUUAUAAACUUGCUCUUGGACAACUAAAUCAAGCAAGGCAUCUUAUUGAUAACGUUGGUAAAGAUUAUGUUCGCCUUAUGAAAUUUGGUGAUUCAUUAUAUCGUUGUAAAAUGUUGAAAAAAGCAGCUCUUGGACGGAUGGCUACAAUUAUGAAACGUCAAGCUCCAAAUUUAGUUUAUUUAGAACAAGUUCGUCAACAUUUAUCUCGUUUACCCUCAAUUGAUCCAUACACUAGAACAUUAAUCCUCUGUGGUUUUCCUAAUGUUGGAAAAUCAAGUUUUUUAAAUAAGAUUACUAGAGCUGAUGUAGAAGUUCAUUCAUAUGCAUUUACUACAAAAAGUUUGUAUGUAGGACAUACUGACUAUAAAUAUUUACGUUGGCAAGUAGUUGACACACCAGGAGUAUUAGAUCAUCCUUUAGAAGAGAGAAAUGUUAUAGAAAUGCAGGCUGUGACUGCAUUAGCCCAUUUAAGAGCUGCUAUUCUUUACUUUAUAGAUGUUUCUGAACAAUGUGGUCAUUCAAUUGCUGAACAAGUUAAGCUUUAUGAGUCUAUAAAACCAUUAUUUACAAACAAGCCACUUUUAGUAGUUUGUAAUAAAACUGAUGUUACUCCUAUGGAUCAGUUAAGUGAGGCUAGCCGUGAAGCAUUGAGUAUUUUUGAAAAAAAUAAUGUUCCAUUAUUACCUAUGUCUGCUGUAACUGAAGAAGGUGUUAUGGCAGUUAAACAACAGGCUUGUGAUACUCUCUUAGCUUAUCGUAUUGAAAAUAAAAUUCAAGCUAAAAAAGUUGAUUCAAUUUUGAACCGUUUACAUGUAGCACUACCUAAAACUCGGGAUGAUAAAGAAAGACCACCUCAUAUACCUGAAAUGGUACUGCAAAAACAAAGAUUAGCUGAGCUUCAAGAAUUUAAGAAGAAGCUUGAGAAAAAUUUGGAAGAUGAACUAGGAGAUGAUUACAUUUUGGACCUUAAAAAGAAUUAUGAUCUACCAGAUGAUAUUAAAUAUGACAUAAUUCCAGAAUUUUGGAAUGGGAGAAAUAUUGCUGAUUUUAUUCAUGCAGAAUUAUUACAAAAAGUUGAAGAUCUUGAAAAAGAAGAAGCCCUUAGAGAAGAAGCUGGAUAUUAUGCUGUACCUAAACUUGAAAUUGAUGAAACUCUACGUGAAAUUAAAGAAUUGGCCCAAAAGAUCAGAGAUAGAAAGAUUAUUAACCGUAAUGAAAGUAGAAUAUCACGUCAAUCCAGUAAACCUACAACUCCUAGAACUGCCCCAGCUAAAGCUCGUGGUCGCAGUGCUACAGAUUUUAGAAGUCGUAUGGAGGAUCUUGGUGUUGAUAUGGAAGAUACUGAAAACGCUCAUUUUACCAAAACACGUGGGCGUGCUCGUUCUUUAACAAGGUCUCAGUCUCGAACAAAUGCCAAGAAACCACGUUUGGGAUCCAUGCAUCGCUCUACAUCAACAUCAAGAAGCCAAAGUAGAUUACCUCGUAAUCAAUCUGGUGUUCGUGACUCAUCGAUGCAAUUGAAACUUAAACAAGUGGCACAUAAAGCAAUUGCUAAGAAAGUUAAGAAACAAGGACUUAAAGGUGAAGCUGAUAGAUUUAUUGGAACUAAAAGACCAAAACAUUUGUAUGCUGGAAAAAGAGGUAUUGGUAAAACAGAAAGACGUUAACUCAUUUACAUUAUUAUUCUUUAUUGUUACAAUUUUUUUGUAUUACAUUGUAAAAGCAAAUUUUAAAUAUUUUGAAUUUAUUUAUAAAACAUAAUUAAAAUAUAUAAUCUUUAUUUUAACAAUGUAAAAGAUUCUGUUUGUAUGUUGUAACUAAUAAAUAUACUUGAAUGACUUGGUAAAGUUA